GAAAGAAAGAAAACUCUGGAAAGCCCCUAUAUAAUAUUGUUCUGUUUUAUUUUCUCUCUCCUAAUUCUAUCCAACGCCUUGACAGUUGAUAUACUCUUGGAUCACUCACCACCAGCUGCGACUGUCCACGCUAGCCUCUCUAAGCUCGGCACCCAUUAUUAUAUAAAAAUCAAAGGCAGUGUGUGCAUUAGAUAGAUGAAAAACCAGAGCAGUUAUGUACCUCCCUCUUAUGUUCCAUUGGAACAAUCAGAUGCUGAAGCAGAGAUCGUUCCACGCGAUGAAGGUGUUGCCACGCUUGGUCACGUUAGCAACGGGCCAACACAAUGGUCUUCUGGAAUCUGUGCUUGUUUUGAUGACAUUCAGAGCUGUUGUAUAGGUCUAUUUUGUCCUUGCUUUCUGUUUGGAAAGAAUGCAGAAUUUCUUGGUUCUGGAACUCUGACGGGAUCAUGCGCAACCCAUUUUGUUUUGUGGGCACUUUUCAAUUCUCUCUGUUGCCUGUUAACUGAUGGCCUUUUUUUCGGUUUUCCUGGAUGCUUUGUUGCAUGUUAUGCAUGUGGCUAUCGUCAGGCCCUACGGUCAAAGUACAAUUUGCAGGAAGCACCAUGCGGGGACUUUGUUACUCAUUUUUUCUGCCAUUUGUGUGCCAUUUGUCAAGAAUACCGCGAGAUCCGUGAACGAUCUGGUAAUUCUGGAUCUCCUGAUCUGAAGUUGGCCGUAGUCACAGCUCCGCCAGCCCAGACAAUGGAAUCGGUUUCCAAGGAGUAACAUGAUCCCUUAGAACUUUCAUCAAGAUAUUUCAACAAAAGAAAACAGGGAAAUCAGUGAGAUCAGCCCUUAUGUUUUGGGCGGUAUUUGUGCGUCAUGUCCUUACCUACGGAAUUUUCUGUGGAAUGUUAUCUUGGUUGUGUCGUGUGAUAUGAGUUUUGGUACACACUGAUUGUCUAAUACGCCUCUACUAAAUGCUUGUUUUAUUGGUAAAUGCUAAUAUUGUUCUAUCUGGAUUA